UGUUACCGACGAUUGGAAUUAUCGAUUUAAGUAUAUUCAAUAUUUAUCAUUAGAUUAAUAUUAGAUUGACAUAUAUAUGGAAAAAUAGAGUUUUAAGACGUAAUAUAUAAGAUAAAACAAUUCUUUUUAGCGGAUAUAUAUUUUCAUGUAAAUUUGCAAGAAACUAUCUGAAGUUAGACAUAGAAACACAACCGUGAUUUGAAGUUUUUAUAUUCGAUAUUAUCGAAUUGAUUAUACGCCUCUGAAACGUCAAGGAGAUAAAUUUGAGAGAUUGUUAACACUUAAUAAUGGUUGUAUAAGCCGGUAAUAUCAUUGCAUAAAAGUUAGUUCAAUUGUUACUUGUGAAGUUACAAAAUGGCGUGGGUACCAUUAGAAUCGAAUCCCGAGGUUAUGACAAAGUUUUUGCAUAAAUUGGGUGUUCCUGAACAAUGGAGUAUAAUUGACGUCUAUGGUUUAGAACCAGAUUUAUUGGCAGUUAUUCCUAGACCAGUUUUGGCUGUUAUUUUGCUUUAUCCUGAAUCAGUAAAGACUGAAAUACAAAGCAAAGAGGAUGAAGAAACUAAAUCUAAGGAUAAUGGAACAGAUAGACCGGAUGGGGUUUAUCACAUGAAACAAAUCAUUUCAAAUGCAUGUGGUACAGUUGCAUUAAUUCAUAGUGUGGCAAAUAAUAUGGAAGAGAUAAAUCUAAAAGAUGGAUUUUUAAAAUCGUUUUUGGAUGAUUCAAAAGAUCUUUCUUUUGCUGAACGUGGAGAACUUUUGAUUAAUGCUCAGGGUAUCAUCGAUACGCAUAAAGAGUCUGCUCAAGAAGGACAAACGGAGGCUCCCGAAGAGGAUAGUCCAGUGUACUAUCAUUUUGUUGCAUUUGUACGGAAGAACGAUAAGUUGUACGAGCUAGAUGGUCGAAAACCUGCUCCUGUCGAUCACGGAUCAACUACACGAGAAACAUUAUUGGAAGAUUCUGUUCGUGUUUGUAAAGAAUACAUGGCACGUGAUCCAAGCGAAAUGCGCUUCACCGUUGUCGCUCUUACCGCCAGUUAUUAAAGAACACUUUCAUUUUUCUAAUAUUCAAAUAUACACACGUAAACACGCUUGAUGCUAAUUUAUUUUCUAUGUUAAAUUGUUCGCUUGAGGCUUGCAUUUCUAAUAUUUUUAUUUCGUUUAAAUUUUUAUACUAUAUAAACAUGUAAUAAUCAAACAGGAAAAAACCACUAAUCGUAUACUUGUAGUUCUUCAUUUAGAUUUAUCAAAUCCUUUAGAUAUAGCCUCACACACACAUAUACGUAUAUAGGCGAAUAUGUGCAAGAAUGGCUCUUCUUCUUUAAUGCAGACUAUUUGACCUUGUCGAACUUUGCGUCAUAACACUUAUCGUUUGCCAAAUCUAGUUUUCGAAUCUGUAACUUAAUUCGAAAUCAAGAAUAAAUCCUGUAGUUUAAUUAUA